AUGAACCGUUUUAGGACCAAGAAGAAGGCCAAGGAUGACUCCAUCCCCUCCCGACCUUCUCUCGAGUCGGAGCAGUCGUCCUUGUCCUUCUUUCGGAGAGGCAAGAAAUCGCAAGAAGAAGAGCAAAAGAAGGAGAUCGAUCUCACAUCAGCACUUCCAUCUAGUGAUGAUUUCCGCACAAGUCUACUGAUGACCGGCCUUUCGGCUAGAUUUUCUAUGCUUCGAGAGCAAGAUGAUCCAAACACAAAGAUUGGCAAGGCAAGCGAUGAUAGCGUCUUGUUUCCUAAGCGCCAAUCUCGGUUGAUGGAUUUCGGCUAUGGUGGUGGGCUCGCCGACAUUGCGGAGGUGGAGUCGAUCAGAGGCGCUCCUUUUGCGCGAGUGGACUCAUUUGCAUCUGAUGAUAUCGCCCAAGGCAGCGUGAUGAAUCGCUCAAAGCCUAUAGAAGGCAACAACUUGUUUGGUGGAAGGCAAAAAAUCUACAAAAUUCCCGUAGGAGGCUCAACCGGAAGAGGGGUCGCUGCGGGAAACCUCCUCUACGACCUCAUCAACCCCAUCUCUAGCACGAAACUCCACUGCAGCAACUUCGGUGACAUCGCAACCCACAGCUCCUACGAAAGAUUGGCAGUUUCAGUCAUCAGCAACCGCAUCGAGUACUUCGACUCCUCUGCCGGAGCGUAG